AUGGUCGAUGAGACGGCGGGAGCAGAGCUCAUGAGCUUUAUGGAAGCCUUUAAAGGAUAUCAUCAAAUCAUGAUGUCCGAGGCGAAUGAGGAGAAGACCGCGUUCGUAACACCGGAUGGAUUAUACUGUUACCAAGUGAUGCCUUUUAGGCUGAAGAACGUAGGGGCUACGUACCAGCGAAUGAUCAACUUGGUGUUCGGGGGGUUGCUGGGAAGGUCGAUGGAGGCCUAUAUAGAUGAUAUGCUUGUCAAGAGCGCUGCCCGGGCCGACCACGCCGCCCACCUCCGAGCAUGCUUUGAAAUUAUGCGCAAUCACCGACUAAGGUUAAAUCCGAAGAAAUGCACCUUUGCCGUGCAAACUGGAAAGUUCUUGGGUUACAUGAUGACCAAUCGGGCGACGUUUGAAGACCUGAAAGCUUACUUAGCAUCCCCGAUCGUCCUGUCGAAGCCCGAGCUUAGGGAAGACCUGGAAGUGUAUCUUGCUGUUUCGGAUCGGGCUGUCAGUGCGGUCCUAUGCCGAAUCGACAGUGAAGGAGUACAGCGGCCGGUAUACUAUGUGAGCCACGCUCUGCAAGGACCAGAAUUCCGAUACACCCGACUUGAGAAGGUGGUGUUCGCGUUAGUCGUCGCGGCAAAACGUUUAACGCCCUAUUUUCAAGGUCGGAAUGUCUGUGUGUUGACAGAUCAGCCGAUCGGGGCAAUUCUCAAGACCUCGACUUCCUCGGGACGAUUGGUCAAAUGGGCGAUGAUGCUGACGCAGUUCGCUCUGGAAUAUAAACCCCGACCAUCCAUCAAAGCCCAGGCUUUAGCUGACUUCGUGGUGGAAUGCACCGCGCGUGACACCGGAACUGACCAGAAUGAUCUCCAAUCUCCCGAAUGGUGGGAAGUAAGUACGAAUGGGUCCAGCGAGAAGAAGGGAGCGGGAGCGGGGAUAGUCGUUACGACUCCCGAGGGCUUUAAAGCUUACUAUGCCAUCUUGUUCCGCUUCUCGUCGACUAACAAUGAGGCCGAAUAUGAGGCCCUGAUUGCCGGACUACAGCGAGCGAGACAGUUGGGGGCCAAGUCUAUUCGAGCUCAAACGGAUUCCGCUCUAGUUGUCGGACAGGUUAAUGGCGAGUUCAUCACCAAAGGGGACAAAUUGACAGUGUAUAGAGAUCGGGUGUUGGCCGUCUUGCAACAAUUCGAGGCCCACCAACUUAGCCACAUUCCCAGGGCUGACAAUGCUGAUGCAGACAUGCUAUCGCGGUUGGUACAUGAGGUUCCCGAGCACAUUUCAAAGAUUGCCCGUAUUGAAGAAGCAACCGCGUCGUGCGUAGACUUGCUGGAGGUUGGGCCGGUCGAAGUUGAACAAGAUCCGUGGAUAACUGAUCUCAAGGAGUACCUCCAGGAUGGAAAUUGCCCCAAGAGGAGGACCGAGCACGGAAGGUGA